GAUCCGGAGCGGGAUCCGGAUCGCAGAGUGGAGGGGGGGCGGGGGGAAGGCCCGGAGCUGGAGCAGGAGCGGGAUCCGGAGCGGGAUUCGGAGCGGGAUCCGGAGCAGGAUCUGGACCCGGAGCUGGAUUCGGAGCGGGAGCCGGACCCGGAGCUGGAUUUGGAGCAGGAUCCGGAGCAGGAUCUGGACCUGGAGCUGGAUUCGGAGCGGGAGCCGGAUCCAGAGUGGGAUUCGGAGCAGGAUCCGGAUCCGGAGCUGGAUUCGGAGCAGGAUCUGGAUCCGGAGCAGGAUUCGGAGCAGGAUCCGGAUCCGGAGCGGGAUUCGGAGCCGGGACUGGAUUUGGAUCCGGAGCUGGAUUCGGAGCGGGAUUCGGAGCCGGAUCGAGCCGGAGCCGGAUUCGGAGCGGGAUUCGGAACUGGAUCCGGAUUCGGAGCGGGAGCCGGAUCACGGAGCGGAGCGGGGGCGGCGGGAAGACCCGGAGCUGGAUCGCAGGGCCCGGCAGGGGGGAGGCCCGGAGCGGGCUGCGCGUCCCUUGGAAGAUCCGGAGCUGGAUCAGGAUCCGGAUCCACGCUGCCUAAUGCAAGACCUGGAGCCGGAUCAGGAUCUGGAGCUAUGCCACCCGCUGGAAGACCCGGAGCUGGACUCGGAUCUGGAUCCACGCUGCCUGCUGGAAAACCCGGAGCUGGAUCCAUGCCACCCCCUGGAAGACCUGGAUCUGGAUCGGGAUCCGGCUCCUCUCUGCCUGCCGCAAGACCCGGAGCCGGAUCGGGAUCCGGCUCCUCACCUCCCACCGCAAAACCCGGCUGCGGCCCCUUUCCCCCGCCCGGCCCGGGCUCGGCGCCCACCUCCCAACCCGGCUCCGCUUCCCUCUCCCCCUCCGGCUCGGGAUCGACCCCGGGGCCCCGAUCCUGCGCGGAUCCCCCGGGGCUGAGCCCGGCCGAUCUCCGCCGUUACCGCCAGCUCCGCGGGCGCCUGGGGGCGGCGGGGGUCUCGGGCCGAGGGGAGCUGGCGCUGCUGGAGGAAGAGCUCCGGCACCUGGAGUUCAAAUGCCGCCACCUCCUGCGGGCCCAGAAGAUGGAGCGGCUCCGCGAGCGUUGCCUCCGCGCCUGGCUGGAGGCGGCGGGGGCCGAGCCCCCCCUGGCCGACAUCUCGGAAGCCCCCGAACGCGACAGCAGCAGCGCCUACAACACGGGCGAGAGCUGCCGCAGCUCCCCGCUCCUCGCCCCGACGGUUCCCAGCUCCAAAGGGCAGAAGGGCAAAAGGCCCGGCCGGGACCGGCUGCUGAAGGCCAGGGCCAUCAAGAUCCUGGAGGAACGCGGCGGAGGCUCCACCACCGACGACGACGCCCGCAGCGAGCUCAAACUGGGCCGGUACUGGAGCCGCGAGCAGCGCAAGCAGCACCUGGCCCGGGCCCGCGAGCAGCGGCGUCGCCGGGAGCUGCUCCUGCUGCAGGGCAGAGCGGAGGAGAGGGCCGGGGGGGGG